AUGAAGUCCUCCCAUUUUAGUUACAUCGUAAUGAAUAGUGCUAUAGAGAGGAAACGGAAAAAAACAUUUUCAUCUUUCUUCUUUCUUCCCUCUGUUCUUCCAGGCACCAUGAGACCCGUGCAGAGGAACUUCUAUGAGCCCUCGUCCGCCCCCGGCAAAGGCGUGGUGUGGGAGUGGGAGAACGACAGCGGCUCGUGGACGCCCUACGACAUGGAGAUCUGCGUGACCAUUCAGAACGCCUACGAGAAGCAGCACCCGUGGCUGGACCUGACCUCGCUGGGCUUCUGCUACCUCGUCGACUUCAACAGCAUGUCUCAGACCAACAGGCAGAGCCAGCGCAAGCGCCGCCUGCGGAGGCGCAUGGACCUGGCCUACCCCCUCAUCAUGGGCUCCAUCCCCAAGUCCCAGUCCUGGCCGGUGGGCGCCAGCUCCGGCCAGCCCUGCUCCUGCCAGCAGUGCAUCCUGGUCAACAGCACCAGGGCGGCCUCCAACGCCAUACUGGCCUCUCAGCGCCGCAAGCUGUACGGCGGGGCGGCGGGGAACCCGGGCGGGGCGGGGACCCUCGCCGUGGUGCGGCAGAGCAACACCUUUGCCGGGACCUCCCUCUGGUCCCCGACAUCCGGCUCGGCCAGCGCUAACAACAAUAACAUAAGCGCGGGAGGCGGGCAGGCCAAGGCCGAACAGGUGCAGUCCCCGCUGUCCCCCGCCAACUUCCCCUGUUCCCCCGCCAUGCCGUCCCUCUCGUCCGGCCACGGCCACCACGCUCUCACCAUCAACGGGCAGAACAACCUGAACCGGCCCGGCACACAGCGCAUUUCCAUGGGGGCCGCUCGAGGGACCGUCCCGCCAGGAGUUCCAGCCCUCCCUGUGAAGAACCUGACAGGCUCUGGACCAGUGCACCCAGCACUUGCAGGUAUGACAGGUAUCCUGAUGUGCGCUGCAGGUCUGCCGGUUUGCUUGACACGAGCUCCAAAGCCUAUCCUGCACCCACCACCCAUCAACAAGAGCGACAUGAAACCCGUGCCGGGGAUCAAUGGCAUGCGUCGCAAAACCAAGAAGAAGCACCUUAAGAGAGGACUGUACCAUCUGCAUGGAGAGGCUCGCUAUGAAGGCGUCCUGCAGUAUAAAGGCAUCAAGCCAGAGCUGGUGGGAAAACUUGGCAAGUGUGGUCAUAUGUACCAUCUGUUGUGCCUGGUGGCCAUGUACAACAAUGGCAAUAAGGAUGGCAGUCUUCAAUGCCCAACAUGCAAAACCAUCUAUGGGGAGAAAACAGGCACCCAGCCGCCUGGGAAGAUGGAGUACCAUGUCAUUCCCCACUGCCUGCCCGGCUACCCAGACUCCAAAAGCAUUCGCAUUGUCUAUGACAUUCCUGCAGGCAUCCAGACCAAUGAGCACCCCAACCCUGGGAAGAAGUUCAGUGCGAGAGGGUUUCCUCGCCACUGCUACCUCCCUGACAACGACAAAGGCAGGAAGGUCCUGAAGCUGCUGAUCAUGGCCUGGGACCGCCGCCUCAUCUUCACCAUCGGCACGUCCAGCACCACGGGGGAGUCGGACACGGUGGUGUGGAACGAGAUUCACCACAAGACAGAAUUCGGCUCCAACCUGACCGGCCACGGCUACCCAGACCUCAACUACUUGGACAACGUUUUGACAGAGCUGUCAGCCCAGGGGGUCGGCGAGGACAACCUGAAGGAAUGA